CGGGGGACCUUUAGCGCCCUCUGCUCCAGUGGGAACGUGCGAGCCGCUUGGUGACCCGCUCCCUUUCCCACUCCAGGGGCCGCCUGGGACGAGCGCUGCAAAUCCCUUCAACUUCCAGAUGCCUUUCCUGGCUUGCUAGCGCGGCCAAGGCAGGGUGGGAGCUGGGUGAAUAAAAGACUUGCUUGGUCCCCGCAGGAGGACAUGGCCAGGCGGGUGGCUGUCGUGGGAGCCGGGGUCAGCGGCCUGGCCGCGGUCAAGUGCUGUCUGGAGGAGGGGCUGGAGCCCACCUGCUUCGAGAGGAGCGACGACCUCGGGGGGCUGUGGCGGUUCACCGAAUAUGUUGAAGAAGGAAGAGCCAGUCUCUACAAGUCUGUGGUUUCCAACAGUUGCAAGGAGAUGUCUUGUUAUGCAGACUUUCCAUUCCCAGAAGAUUAUCCAAACUAUGUGCCAAAUUCUCAAUUCCUGGAAUAUCUCCAAAUGUAUGCAAAUCGGUUCAACCUCCUGAAAUACAUCCAAUUCAAGACCAAAGUCUGCAGGGUAGCAAAAUGCCCAGAUUUUGCUGUCUCUGGCCAGUGGGAGGUAGUCACCCUUCAUGAAGGGAAGCAAGAAUCGGCCAUCUUUGAUGCUGUCAUGGUCUGCACUGGGUUUCUAACUAACCCUCAUUUGCCACUGGAUUCCUUUCCAGGUAUAAAUUCCUUUAAAGGCCAGUACUUUCAUAGCCGACAGUAUAAACACCCGGAUAUAUUUAAGGACAAGAGAGUCCUUGUGGUUGGAAUGGGAAAUUCUGGCACAGACAUUGCUGUCGAAGCCAGUCAUGUGGCAAAGAAGGUGUUCCUCAGCACCACUGGAGGGGCCUGGGUCAUCAGCCGUGUCUUUGACUCGGGGUACCCAUGGGACAUGGUGUUCAUGACGAGAUUUCAGAACAUGUUCAGAAAUUCUCUCCCAACUCCACUUGUGUCAUGGUUGAUAGCAAGAAAGAUGAAUAGCUGGUUCAACCAUGCAAAUUACGGCUUAGUACCAGAGGACAGGAUUCAGCUAAGAGAGCCCGUGCUAAAUGAUGAGCUCCCAGGCCGCAUCAUCACCGGGAAGGUGCUCAUCAGGCCAAGCAUUAAGGAGGUGAGGGAGAACUCGGUCCUGUUCAUCAACACCCUGGAGGAAGAGCCCAUUGAUAUCAUUGUCUUCGCCACUGGGUACACCUUUGCGUUCCCCUUCCUGGAUGAGUCUGUAGUGAAAGUUGAAGAUGGCCAGGCCUCACUGUACAAGUAUAUCUUCCCUGCACAUCUGCAAAAGCCAACCCUGGCUGUUAUCGGCCUCAUCAAACCCUUGGGCUCCAUGAUACCUACAGGAGAGACACAGUCUCGAUGGGCUGUUCGAGUCCUGAAAGGUAUGAUUAAGUUACCACCACCAAGUGUCAUGAUAGAAGAAGUUAAUGUGAGAAAAAAGAACAAGCCCAGUGGGUUCGGCCUGUGCUACUGCAAGGCUCUGCAGUCAGAUUACAUCACAUACAUAGACGAGCUCCUGACCGACAUCAACGCAAAGCCCAACCUGCUGUCUAUGCUCCUAACAGACCCGCGCCUGGCUCUGACCGUCUUCUUUGGCCUGUGCACCCCUUACCAGUUCCGCCUGACUGGCCCAGGGAGGUGGGAGGGAGCCAGAAAUGCCAUCCUGACCCAGUGGGACCGAACAUUCAAGGUUACCAAAACUCGGAUUGUGCAAGAACCCCCACCUCCUUUUGAAAGUUUACUUAAGCUCUUUAGCUUUCUGGCUUUGCUUGUGGCCAUCUUCCUGGUUUUCCUGUAAGUGGGAGAUUUCCUAAAAGGCAUUUUCAGAUGCACGGGGUAGAUUUGCUACGCUCUGAUUUCUCUACUACAGCAGCAGUGUCCUCAGAGUCAUAAGCACAUCUGUCUGGAAAACAAAGACCACUGCUGGCCCCAGGCUGCUGCCAGUAUUCCUGGACCUCUCCCAGCUCCACCCACGUCUAGUGCUGGAGGAUGGGAACUAGGUUUCUGUGGAUUCGAAGGCUUCUGGAAGGUUCCAGGUUCAUUUGAGGAAGAGAGAAGUCCUAGACGUAACUCUGAGAAGUCCACCUCAUUCCCAUAUCUACUGUCUUUGUAGAUCUCAAUUAAAUCUGUCUACUUCCUAAAAGAUUGGGCUAUGUUGAAAUUGUGCUUUUAUUGGCUGAAUAAAAUUUUUUUGUGAAACCUAGAA